AUGGCGCAGGUCGACGACGCCGAGCUGCGUCCGGGCCUCGCUCUCUACCGCCCACUCCCGACGCUGCUGCGCCUCGAUGUCCUCCCAUUCGGAAUGCUCUAUGCCACCUUUAGCGCGUGCGCGGCUGUGGCGCAGCGCGGCCAUGGCUUUGCCGUCGGCCUCGCGCUCGUGGCCUGCACGCAUGCGCUCACGUUCUUUGCGAGCGAAUGGAGCCUUCGCGUCAAGUGCUUCGUGGCGUACUCGCGCAUCUCCAUUGCUGGCCUCUCGACGUACGACGACGUGGUCGUCAAGGUCGAGCCGGCCUUGCCGUCGCUGCCCGCGGAGCUUUGUCCGAUUCGACGAGAGGCGCCGUCGCCCAAGCUGCAAGUGCAAAAGGCGACAAUACCGGUCCCCACGCUCUGGUUUGCCUACCAAAAGCUGCGCUUCUGCCUCGACACCUCCUUGACCGCGCCCGUGUGCUUCCGUCGACUCACGUACCCCAUCAACAACGAUCUGGCUGUGUACGUUGGCGCCAACGGCUACACGUCGCGCGUUGCGCUAGAAGCUGCUGGCUUGCGCUGGCAGAAGAACGAGUUUGAGAUCCCGAUGCCGGCCUUUUGGACGCUCCUCAAGCAGCACCUCGUCGCGCCCUUCUUCGUCUUUCAGUUCUUCUGCAUGCUGCUUUGGUGCAUGGACGAGUACAUGUACUACUCGCUGCUGACCAUGGCGAUGCUCGUGCUCUUCGAGUGCACGGUCGUCAAGCAGCGGCAGCACAACCUCGAGCUGCUCGCGCUCAUGCAGCGGCCGCCGACGCUCGUCUACGCGUAUCGAAUGACCAAGUGGCAACGCCUCUCGUCGACGGACCUCGUUCCGGGCGACCUCGUGUCGAUCGGCCGCGCGACCGCGUUUGACGAGACGGACGACGUCGAGGGCGGCGUUGUCGCGCCGUGCGACCUCCUCCUUCUCCGCGGCGCGUGCGUGGUGAACGAGGCCAUGCUCUCGGGCGAGUCGAUUCCGCUGCGAAAGGAGCACGUCGACCCGCUCGAGUCCAGUGCGCUGCUCCUCAACGGACGGCACCGCAAACAUGUGCUCUUUGGCGGCACCAAGAUCCUCCAACAUACGCCGUACGCGCCGAGCGCCAGCGACCCACCGGACCACGGCUGCGUCGCGUUCGUCCUCCGCACGGGCUUUGGGACGACGCAGGGCAAGAUGCUGCGGACGAUACUGCUGGCGUCGCCACACCUCUCGGCCAACAACACCGAGUCGCUGUGUUUUAUCUUGUUUCUCGUCUGCUUCGCGCUCGCUGCGUCGCUCUACGUGCUGCUCGAGGGCGCGGGCGACCCGACGCGCAGCAGCUACAAACUCUUCUUGCACUGCGUCAUGAUCAUCACGUCGGUCGUGCCGCCCGAGCUGCCCAUGGAGCUCUCGCUCGCCGUCACCAACUCGCUCCUCUCGCUCUCUCGCAUGGACGUUUUCUGCACCGAGCCGUUCAAAAUCCCAGUCGCAGGCAAGGUCGACGUCGUCUGCGUCGACAAGACGGGCACUCUCACGACGGACGCGCUCGCCCUCCGGGGUGUCGCGGGUCUCAGCGCCUCGUCGUUGCUCCCGCUUUCAGACCCGCGCACCCUUGUCUCUCCUGGGUCCCUGCCCAUGGACGUCCAGAUCGUCCUCGCGAGCUGCCACGCACUGAUUGUGCUCAACGGCGCCAUCGCGGGCGACCCGCUGGAAAAGACGGUGCUCGCGCACCUAAACGACUGGACGCUGCACCAGCUCGACCGCGUCGCGGCGCGCUACCCGUUCAGCGUCCGAUCGCUCCGCAUCAUCCAUCGCUUUGGCUUCUCGUCCGAGCUGCGGCGCAUGAGUGCACUCGUGCUGGUCGACGACGGUAGCGCCAUCGGCCACGCGCGCGUCGUGUGCAAAGGCGCCCCCGAGGUCAUGGAGCCGCUCUUCGCCCAUGUGCCGUCGUACUACCGAGACGUGCACGAGCACUACGCUCGCAAAGGCGCGCGGGUGCUGGCGCUCGGUUUCAAGCGCGUGCCGAUCUCGGACUUGGCGAGAACGCGCCACCUCGCCCGCGACGCCACCGAGACCAACUUGACGUUCGCCGGGUUUCUCGUCCUUGACUGCCCUCUGAAGCCCGACUCGCGACGGGUCGUGCAAGACCUGCAGCUGGCCAACCACCGCGUCGUCAUGGUCACCGGCGACAGCGCGCUCACCGCCAGCGACGUCGCGCGACAGGUGCAUCUCUUGCCGCACGCAGAGACGCUGGUGCUGGAGCCCUCGACGAGUGGGCUUUUGUUCUGGACUUCUGCGACCGAGAAGUACCCGUUCACAGAAGCCACGCUGGCCACGCUGGCCGAGACGCACAACUUUUGCGUGCUCGGCAGCGCGGUCGCGAGCCUGUCGCCAACGUCGCUGCAAGCGCUGGCGCCGCUCACGCAAGUCUUUGCCCGCACGUCGCCCGAUGAGAAGGCGCUCGUCCUCGCCGCCUUGAACGCGGGCCGCAAUAUCACGGCCAUGUGCGGCGACGGCACCAAUGAUGUUGGCGCGCUCGACGGCACCAAUGAUGUUGGCGCGCUCAAGAGGGCGCACGUCGGCAUCUCGCUCGUGAACGGCCCGACGCGCCGGCGUCGCCGCCGGUGCACGCUCGUGACGUCGCUGCAAAUGUACAAGAUCCUCGGCGUCAACUGCCUCGUCUCCGCGUACGUCCUCAGCGCCUUGUACGUCUACGGCGUCAAGCAGGGCGACACGCAGCUCACGUGCAGCGGGCUCCUCGUCGCGCUCUGCUUCCUCUUCCUCUCGUACGCCAAGCCCGCCUCGACUCUCAGCCACGAGCGUCCCGUGAGCCGCGUCUUUUGCGUGAGCGUUCUGAGCUCGAUUCUGCUCCAGUUUGGCGUCCACCUCUGCAGCCUCGUGCUCGGCCUCUCGAUCGCCGCGCCGCUUGUCGAGUGGAACGAUCCGCGACUGCACGCUGACGCGAGCUUCACGCCCAAUGCGCUCAACACACUCAUGUUCCUCCUCGCGACGUGCAUGCAAGUGACGACGUUCGUCGCCAACUACAAGGGCCGGCCCUUCAUGGAGAGCUUCCGCGAGCACAAGCUUCUUGCGCGCUGCGCGUACGCUUCGUACGCGUUUGUUCUCGUCGCGCUCCUGGAGCUGUGGCCCGCCAUGAACACGUGGCUUGAGCUCGUGCCGCUGGGAUCAGAUAUGGUACAAGGCCAGGUGCUAUGCCUCAUGCUCUUUGAUACGGUCGCCGUCCUCGCCCUCGAGCGCACGGUGCAAGUGCUCACGACGGCCUACCCCGAGUGGAUGACUUAA